CCCGCCCUGUUAGUGACGUACUUCCGCUCAAGGCCGUGGUCUGCACGCCCCUGUCUUCCGCUCUCUCUUUUCCUCUCAGCCGCCAUCAUGGGUCGCAUGCACGCUCCAGGAAAGGGCUUGUCCCAGUCCGCACUUCCCUACAGACGCAGCGUCCCCACUUGGCUGAAACUGACGUCUGAUGAUGUGAAGGAGCAGAUCUACAAGCUCGCCAAGAAGGGUCUCACCCCCUCCCAGAUCGGUGUCAUUCUGAGGGAUUCUCACGGUGUUGCUCAGGUUCGCUUUGUUACUGGCAACAAAAUUCUCAGAAUUCUGAAGUCCAAGGGUUUGGCACCGGACCUGCCCGAGGACCUGUACCACCUGAUCAAGAAGGCCGUCGCUGUGCGCAAGCAUCUGGAGAGGAACAGGAAGGAUAAAGAUGCCAAGUUCCGCCUGAUUCUCAUCGAAAGCAGAAUCCACAGAUUGGCUCGUUACUACAAGACUCGGAGAGUGCUCCCACCCAACUGGAAGUACGAGUCGUCCACAGCUUCCGCCCUCGUCGCAUAAAUUGUUCAUUCUGCGAGAACAAUAAAGUUUCACUUUAACGUC